AAAACUGUUAGCUUGUUUUUAUAAUAGUUUUUUUAGUUCGCAAAAAAAUAACAAAAAUGAGUGGCAAAAGUAAUUGCCUUGUACGAGAUACUCAUUUUAAAAUCGUGAAUGCUGGAGAACUAUGGCAACGAGAAAACAGUCUUUCGUCUAUUCCAACGUUCAGCCAGAGUCUCGAUAGAGUUUUAGGCAAUAAUGGAUUAUCAACAAAUACUUUCAUGGAACUUCUCGGUUUACCUGGUUCUGGGAAAACUCAACUUUGCUUACAAUUUUGUGCAUCAGUGCAAAUUCCUGAAACACUAGGAGGAUUAAAUGCUGAGGCUUUAUAUAUAGACACAAACACCAACUUCACUAUCUGCAGAUUCAAAGAAAUACUCUUUGCGAGUCUAGACAGAUGUCGGAAAUUAUUGAGUAUGCCAUUAGAUUUCAGAGAAAAUGAUGCCUUGAAAAAACUGCACUAUGUCAACGCAUUUGGAUUAACUAAAUUCUGUGCAUUCUUGCAUAGGCUUCCUAGGUUCAUUGUUCAACAUCCUAGGAUAAAGCUAAUAGUGAUAGAUUCAAUAGCUUUCCCUUUCAAAGACGGGAUGGAUACCCGACAGAGAACAGGAUUGCUCUUCAGAUUAAUGGCAGAAUUGCAGCAGAUAGCUGUGGAAAAACAAAUUGCUGUAGUGUUAACAAACGAGAUGAGUACUCGGCUGGGCCUGUCGAGCGGCUCGGUUGUAGGCUCGCUGGGUGAUGCUUGGGCGCACCGCAGCAACAAGAGGCUGCUUCUCUGCCACACAAACGGACAAAGGACUGCGCUGUCACUUAAGGAUAACAGUGCUGUUAAUGCUGUUGGAACAUUCCAGAUAACACUGGAGGGUAUAAGGGAUAUAAAUUGAAACAAACGAGUGAACAUACAUACUUUAAUCAUAUUGUAAACGUGUAUAAUAUAGUAAAACCAAACUACAGCACCAAUAAAUAUCAUUUUCAC